GUGACGACCCUCCCACUCUGUCUACCGUUUUCUCUCUCUCCUUGCUCUUGUUUCCCUAUUAGGAUGCCGGUGGGCGGAGUUGGGAGGGUCGUCAGCUACAUGGGGAACACCUGGGCCCACUCUCCCAGGAUAAAAUCACCACUUCCCCAUUCAUCAAGGAGACUCUCUCCAUACAGACACUUUGUUAGAUUUUGUUGCGUUUGGUUGUGCUUUUUGGUUGUUUGUUUUAGCAUCUUUCAACACCUUGCAUUAUCACAUUCAUCCAUGCAAAACAUUCACUUACACUACUGAUUACUGAUUACACACACCAUUGUAUAUUAUACAUAGUUUCUUUAUUUAAUAAAUAUAUAUUUUGUUACUUUUUAUCUCCACGUGUCUCCCUUUUGUUACGGGCUUUGAGCCGGUUCGUGACAAGUGGGGGCUCAUCCGGGAUCAUUGAACGUAUUGGUUUGGGAGAACGUGGAGGUACGUGUUUGGUUUACAUAUUUGGUUUGAGUUUGAUAGGCCUAGUAUUGGUUGCCUUUGUUGUUUGGUUUGUGUGCUGCGUUGGAGAGAGAGUAUAAUGGUUAGUUUCCAGGCCCUGCCCAGCCUGGAAACUCUUGUUCUACUUUCUGUUGGGACAUCGGUCUGAGGAGGUGAGUAAUCGGCUGUGUACCUCAGUGGGAGAUUUGGUAGGGUAGUGGAAUUUACUACCCGGAGCUAUAGCCUUUUACCCCUGAUAGGCUUAGUGACGUGUUUCAUUUUUGGAAUAUGUUGGGCAUGGUUAAUGUUUGUUAUUUUUGUGUGGUGUCUGUGGACUGAGCAGUUGUCUCGGGGGCACAUCCGUGGCUUGGUGGAAUCUGCCAGCGUGCUGGGGGGUUUAUUACCUUGCCAGCGGGCUACAGUGCGUAAAUACCCACCGCAAAUCCGCACGAAGACUAGGGUUGAGUUAUAGUAGGUUUUGGGGAAGCUCCUUAUCUUCUCUCUCUUCUGUGGUGCUCAGGGUGAUUGUCAUUUCUUGAGUUGUGGUCUGGUGUGCUCAGCAGAGGGGAAGAGUGAGAAUUUUUUUUUGUAACUAUGGCGUCUUUUGUAGAUGAGUUCAUUCGCUUUCCAUCAGAGGAAUUGUUAGAAUUAGGUACUAAAGAACAGCUGUUGAAAAUCGCCGAAUACUACAAGGUUGAAAUUAGUGAUAAACGUUUAAAGAAUUCUAUUAGGUUGAUAUUGAAGGCCAAUCUGAUGGAGAGUGGUGUUCUUGAAGUUACCACUGGGCCAGCCUCUGCUGAGGAGUCAUCUCCCCGUAACGUUACAAUGGCCAUUCCAUCGGUUAGUCCUAGUAGUCUUCUUUUUGAACAGCAGAAAGAACUGCUUCUGUUACAGCUGGAGCAUGAUCGUGAGAAGCUAAAUCAUGAUCGUGUAAAGUAUGAAAAGGAAUUAGCAUUUAAACAAGAUAUGGAGAUGGCUAAAAUCAAGUUGCAACAAGAACGGAUAGAGUUGAUUAGGGAAGGAAAGAUUUCAGGGGAGAGUUUGUUCUGGGAAGGUGACCAAGAGUUACCUAGGGGUCGUUCCUCUUUUGGUCGUGCCCCGGACACAUUUGAUAUUGUUGGGAACUUACGGUUAUUGCCUCAGUUUAAUGAAAAGGACCCUGAGACAUUUUUUUUGUUGUUUGAGCGUGUUGCUGACGCUAGGAGUUGGCCUGAUUCUGACCGCACCUUAAUGUUGCAGUGUGUGCUGACUGGUAAAGCGCAGGAAGCAUAUUCAGCUCUUAGUGUACACGACAGUACCUGUUAUGAUAAGGUUAAAAUGGCUGUGUUGCAGAUUUAUGAAUUGGUCCCUGAGGCUUACCGCCAACGAUUUAGAACUUUAAAAAGGGAUGAUCAACAGACUCAUGUGGAGUUUGCGCGACAAUUAUCUGUACAGUUUAAUCGCUGGUGUUCUGCCUCUGCAGUUGUGACUUUCCAAGGGCUGUGUGAUCUGAUUAUGUUAGAGCAAUUUAAGGACACAAUCCCUGAUCGCAUUGCCACGUAUAUUAACGAACGAAAAGUAAAGAAUGUCGUUGAAGCAGCGGUUUUGGCGGAUGAGUAUAUGUUAACUCACAAAAGAGUCUAUGCAGAGCCCCGUAUGCGGAAUGAGUGGGGGCGUUCGAAUAGAUUUGACCUUCGCUCACCGAAAUACUUUGGUUCACGGGCAGAGUUUAAUUCAACUAGGGUUGAGCCUGACUCCCGUGAUAAAGCUGACUUUGGGCAAGGGUGUCACUACUGUCAAGGUUCAGGUCAUUGGAAAAACGAAUGUCCACUUCUCAGAUCAAAGGGUGCUUACGCUAAAUCUAAGCCUACCGCGUUAGCUGCGCCUGUUCUACAUCAGUUCAUUCAUGACUCAUUGCCUCAGGUCCAGGAGCAUGUGAAAGUACAUAUUGAUCCAGACUAUUUACCUUUCAUUACGGAAGGUUUUGUGUCUAUGUUAGGAAGUAAGGAAUUAGUGCCAGUAAAGAUCUUGAGAGACACAGGUGCCUCCGAAUCGUUUGUGUUGGAGUCUGUGUUACCCUUUUCAGCUGAGACUGAUUCGGGAAAUAGUGUUCUAAUUAGGGGAAUAGGUCUGAACACUCUUUCAGUUCCAUUACAUAAAAUGAUGUUGGAUUGUGGGCUGGUAAAAGGUGAGGUUGUUGUGGGGGUGCGUCCUUCGUUGCCUAUUGAGGGUAUCGACGUUAUUCUUGGGAAUAACUUGGCAGGUGAGCGUGUGUGGCCUGUCGCGUUUCCAUCUCUAGUGGUUUCCACAAAGCCGUCAGUUGUUGAGAUUCCUGAUGAGAGUGUACAGAGCUUCCCAGAGGUGUUCAGUGCGUGUGCAGUGACGCGUUCUAUGAGCCGUGGCGAACUGGUCACUGUGCCGACUAAUGAGAAGUAUGCCACUGCUUUCCCUGUUAUUCCGUUAUCUGUUACCCGCUCAGAUCUAAUCAAUGCGCAACGGACUGACUCCACAUUAGACGAGUUGCGUGACCAAAUUGUGCCUGUGGAACAGUUGGGAGAUGUCGCCCAUGGUUAUUUUCUCCAGGAGGAUGUCCUGAUGAGAAAGUGGGUGUCUCAUGGUAGUUGUUUUCUAGGGGAGGCGAUUAGUCAGGUUGUGGUACCAGUAAAACUUCGUGAGUUGGUGUUGACAACUUCUCACAAUGAUGUUGCUGGACAUAUGGGUGUAGGGAAAACAUACCAUCGCAUAUUAAGACAUUUCUUUUGGCCUAGAUUAAAGAGGGAUGUUUCUGAUUUCAUCAAAACUUGUCACACCUGUCAAUUAACUGGGAAACCUAAUCAAGCUAUUAAGCCGGUACCACUGUUUCCUAUUCCUGUACUCAGCCAACCUUUUGAGUAUCUGAUUAUUGACUGUGUGGGUCCUUUGCCUCGUUCUAAAAAGGGUAGUAGUUACCUGUUCACUGUGAUGUGUCAGACCACAAGGUUUCCAGCAGCCUAUCCUCUCCGGUCUAUCACGACUAAGUCUGUGUUAAAAGCUUUGACUCAGUUUCUGUCACUGUUUGGAAUACCUAAGGUCAUUCAGAGUGAUCAAGGGUCUAAUUUCACCUCUAAACUGUUUGGUCAGGUUCUCCAACAGCUCCAUAUUAAGCACAAUCUGGCUAGCGCCUAUCACGCGCAAAGUCAAGGAGCACUAGAACGUUUCCAUCAAACACUUAAGUCUUUGUUGAGAAGUUAUUGUACUGAGAUGGAUAAGGAUUGGGAGGAGGGGUUGCCUUGGUUAUUGUUAGCCGCUAGGGAGGUUUCACAGGAGAGCACCGGUUUUAGUCCAAAUGACCUUGUGUUUGGACAUAGGGUGCGUGGACUUCUAUCUGUUCUUCAGGAUGACUGGAAGUCUCACGAGCCUCCUCAGUCUUUGUUAUCAUAUGUGUGUGAUUUCCGGCGCCGCUUGUAUGCCGCUGGCGAAAUGGCUAAAGAGAAGCUAUCAUCUUCACAGGAGAGGAUGAAAGGCAUAUUUGAUCGCCGAACUGAGCCACGUCACUUUAGUCCAGGUGACCAGGUUCUUGCUCUGCUGCCAAUUGUUGGUUCUCCUUUUGAAGCCAAGUUUCAAGGUCCAUAUACAGUGGUGCGCAAGUACACUGAGCAAAAUUAUCUAGUUGCCACUCCAGAACGGAGGAAAGCACACCAGCUGUGCCAUGUAAAUUUGUUAAAACCCUAUUAUGCACGUUCCUCAGAGACUGAACAGUGGGAAUCUAUAGAGGACGGUAAACCUGUUCUGUUGGCUGAAACCGUUAUUCCCUUGGAUUCUUCUCAGGAUAGGUCUACGAAUGAGGAGGAAGAUGUUCUUGGUCCCGACGAUUGCAUACUGCAGGGUAGAUUGAAAAAUUCAGAGACACUGGAUAAUUUGGGCAGCAUUCUCACUCAUCUACCCGUUGAUAGGCGGGAAGAGAUGGUUGGUCUGAUUCUGAGAUUUCCAGGUUUGUUUUCUGAUACACCUACACGUACAAACUUGAUAGAACAUGAUAUUGACGUUGGAGAUGCUGACCCCAUUCGUCAGCGGUUCUAUAGAGUUUCUUUAGAGAAAAUGCAUUGUCUGGAUGCUGAGGUCUGGGGAGUCUGUCCUCUUAAAUGUUGCUUCCUAUGCACUAAGGUUGCUGAGGUCUGGGGAGUCUUUCCUCUUAAUUGUUGCUUCCUAUGCACUAAGGUUGCUGAGGUCUGGGGAUUCUUCUUUCCUCUUAAAUAGUGCUUCCCGUGCGCAAAGGUUGCUGAGGUCUGAGGAGGUUGGCUGGGGUAAAUUGGAAGUGUGCACGGACGCAAGUGCUGUGUCAGUUGGGACGCAGAGGUCGGUAUGUUGUUCCGGGGUCCUUGUUGGUCCCCGGUUUUAUGGGGGGGAAUGUGACGACCCUCCCACUCUGUCUACCGUUUUCUCUCUCUCCUUGCUCUUGUUUCCCUAUUAGGAUGCCGGUGGGCGGAGUUGGGAGGGUCGUCAGCUACAUGGGGAACACCUGGGCCCACUCUCCCAGGAUAAAAUCACCACUUCCCCAUUCAUCAAGGAGACUCUCUCCAUACAGACACUUUGUUAGAUUUUGUUGCGUUUGGUUGUGCUUUUUGGUUGUUUGUUUUAGCAUCUUUCAACACCUUGCAUUAUCACAUUCAUCCAUGCAAAACAUUCACUUACACUACUGAUUACUGAUUACACACACCAUUGUAUAUUAUACAUAGUUUCUUUAUUUAAUAAAUAUAUAUUUUGUUA